AUGCUAUAUGAGUACUCUUUCCAGUAUACGAAGGUAAAGAAUCAACAACAAUAUGAGAAGCCCAAGGAAAAUGGACAACUUGCAGCAGAUGAACAAUCAUUGUGGACGAAGGUUGUUACGGAGAAAUAUGGAAUGGAAGGAAAAUGGACAACCAAAUCAGUGAGAAACCCAUACGGUGUCAGCUUGUGGAAAUCAAUCAGGAAUCUGUGGCCAAAACUGAUUAACAAAUCCAAGUUCAAGGUAGGAAAUGGUAGGAAGAUUUCACUGUGGGAUGACAAUUGGAUAGGUCAAGGACCAUUGAAGGAUCUCUUUCCUGACAUAUAUUCUUUGAAUCAACAACAAGUAACAUUACAUGAGGCAUGGACGAAUCAGGGAUGGAACCUUACAUUCAGAAGAUUGCUAAAUGAUUGGGAGAUUGAAAAAGCAGGGAAGUUUUCUGUUAGAUCUGCUUACAAGGAAUUCAACUUGUCAAACAAUCGGGUGAUCUAUGUUGAUCCCACAACUGGAAAUCUUCGCUACAAUGAAAAGACAGGAUAUGAUAUUUUCAAUUCUCAAAGUGAAGCCUUAGAUUAUGUGACGAAUGGUUCAAAAUGGCUGUGCAAGAGUAUAACCUAUGCCAGGGCUGUGCUAGGAUAUACUGCCCUUGGGAGCUUUGGUUUACUUCUUGUUGCGACAAAGUUGUCAGCCAGCAUUCCAAAUUUGCCUGGGGGUGGAUGUGUAUAUACAGUAACUGAGAGCCAAUGGAUCAAGAUUUCACUUCAAAACCCUCAGCCACUGGGCAAAGGUGAAUUAAAGAAUGUUCAAGAAGUGACAGAGCUUGACAUUGAUGGCAAGCAUUAUUUUUGUGAAUCGAGGGACAUUACUAGACCUUUUCCAAGUCGUAUGCCCUUGCAGAAUCCUGAUGAUGAAUUUGUGUGGAAUAAAUGGUUUUCAGUGCCCUUCAGAAAGAUUGGACUUCCAGAGCAUUGUGUCGUUCUUCUGCAGGGCUUUGCAGAAUCCCGAAGUUUUGGAAGCUUAGGUCAGCAAGAAGGGGUUGUUGCCCUCACUGCUCGGCGUAGUAGGCUGCACCCUGGGACUCGGUAUCUGGCAAGGGGCUUGAAUUCUUGCUAUAGUACAGGCAAUGAAGUUGAAUGUGAGCAACUUGUGUGGAUUCCUAAAAGGGCUGGGCAAAGUGUUCCUUUCAAUACUUACAUCUGGAGAAGAGGCACUAUUCCUAUCUGGUGGGGUGCUGAGUUAAAGCUGACUGCUGCAGAAGCAGAAAUCUAUGUUGCGUGUCGUGACCCUUAUAAAGGAAGUGCUCAAUAUUAUCAGAGGUUAACUAAAAGAUAUGAUGCCAGAAACCUAGAUGUAGCUGCUUGCGGGAAUCAGCGAAAGAUUGCCUUUGUUCCAAUUAUAUGCGUUAACUUGCUUAGGAAUGGUGAAGGCAAAUCAGAAUCGAUUUUAGUUCAGCAUUUUGAGGAAUCUUUGAAUUACAUUAGAUCAAUUGGAAAACUACCUUACUCUCGGGUUCAUUUAAUAAACUACGAUUGGCAUGCCAGUGUGAAGUUGAAAGGAGAACAACAAACAAUUGAAGGACUUUGGUACCUUCUAAAAGCACCCACCAAUGCUAUAGGCAUCACUGAAGGGGAUUAUCUGCCUUCUCGUCAGCGCCUCAAAGAUUGCAAAGGUGAAGUAAUUUUCAGUGAUGACAUUGAUGGAGCAUUCUGCUUAAGAUCACAUCAAAAUGGAGUGAUACGUUUCAAUUGCGCUGAUUCUUUAGAUAGGACCAAUGCUGCUAGUUUCUUUGGUGCCCUCCAGGUUUUCGUGGAGCAGUGCAGACGGUUAGGUAUAUCACUUGACAGUGAUUUGGCAUAUGGCUAUCAGUCAUAUAACAACAAUGGGGGUUACACAGCUCCAUUACCCCCUGGCUGGGAGAAACGGACUGAUGCUGUAACCGGGAAAACAUAUUUUAUUGAUCACAACACAAGAACAACUACUUGGAAUCAUCCCUGCCCAGAUAAACCGUGGAAGAGAUUUGAUAUGACAUUUGAGGAGUUUAAGAGAUCGACGAUCUUAUCACCUGUGUCUCAAUUAGCAGAUUUGUUUUUGGUUGCUGGUGAUACCCAUGCAACAUUGUAUACUGGUUCCAAAGCUAUGCACAGCCAAAUUCUUAGCAUAUUUAAUGAAGAUGCAGGCAAAUUUAAACAGUUUUCUGCUGCACAGAAUAUGAAAAUUACCCUUCAGAGAAGGUAUAAGAAUGCAGUUGUAGAUAGUUCUCGUCAGAAGCAACUGGAGAUUUUUCUUGGACUAAGGCUUUUCAAGCAUUUUCCAUCAAUUCCAAUCCAGCCAUUACAUGUUGCAUCUCGUCCCACCGGAUGCUUUCUAAAGCCAAUCGUGAACAUGUUCCCGAUUUCUGAUGGAGCAAGUCUUCUUAGUUUUAAAAGAAAAGCAAUGACAUGGGUCUCCCCACAGGCUACCGAUGUGGUUGAGCUCUUUAUUUACCUUGGCGAGCCUUGUCAUGUUUGUCAGCUACUUCUCACUGUUGCACAUGGUUCUGAUGAUUCAACGUUCCCAUCGACAGUUGAUGUCAGGAUAGGGUGUUAUCUAGAUGGACUUAAACUUGUUCUGGAGGGAGCUUCUGUACCACAGUGUGCAAAUGGGACAAAUAUUUUGAUACCAUUGUCAGGACCAAUUAGCGAAGAGGACAUGGCUAUCACUGGUGCAGGUGCACGCCGUCAUGCCCAAGAUACUUCCACCCUUCCAUUAUUGUAUGAUUUUGAGGAACUUGAAGGAGAAGUGGAUUUUCUUACUCGUGUUGUUGCACUCACGUUUUAUCCUGCUGCGGAUGGUGGAGGCCCUAUAACUCUUGGUGAGGUACAAAGAGACUAGAUAAUUGUACUUUUUAGGUGUCCUUUCUUUUAAAACAAUUUUCUUUUACACCCUCUAACAUAGUUAGCCCUGUGAGAAGGCACGGGAGAAAAUAUGAUAUAUUGAUAUUGUGUGUGAUGCAAUACAAGAGGUG